AUGAGCUCUGACAAUAGCUCUGGCAUUGACGAUAGCGGCAGCGGCAUCAGUGACGAUGAUCUGGAAGCAGUCGGCGCAACGAGAGCCUCCGCGAGCGAUCAAGAUCUCGCGAAUGCGCCUCGCUCAGGCUUUCAAUCGAAGCUUGUCGGCGCCGAUAGCUUGUACAGUGCAGAGACCGAAGCACUUGCAAACCUUGACGAUGAUGAAGACUUGGAGCUCAUGGUCGUUCGAGUGCCUGACUCUUUUGACAUACAUGCGCUUGAAGGGGUAGAGAUUGGCUUGCCGAGCUCGAGCGAACGGAAGAGAGACAAGCGCCGCAAGCUCGGUCAGUGUACGCAGGCAGGCGAAAGCUACGACUUGGCUCUCGUUCAUCAUGCUGGUCAAACACAACCGCAAGCGAGCGCAGAGGAUAUGCUACACCUGACGCCAUUGGUUCCGUCGCUCACGAACGGAUCAAAGACACGUCUACGGAUGUCCAGCAAGCCUGUUGCAUAUGGUAUCAUUGUAGAGCCCUCCCUAGACUCGCCGCCUGUGGCCUUACCAAAGGCGCCAGGUCGACACCACAAGCGACAUGCACAGCCAGAGUCCUUACCGGGACUUUUUGAUAGACGAGAAAGCAACGCGAACCAGCUCAAGGUGCAAGAGGCAUGGUCGCCCACUUAUCACUCCCAAACGGGUGGUGACGUCCUCAAUACGCAUAGCGAUCGGCAGCAUCAGAGCGCACUGAAGACAUAA